GGCAGGAUCUGGAGCUGAGCUGUUUUAGCGGCGCCGCUGCCGCUUAUCUUCCUCUCACAGGAAGUGAGUGGCCCUUUCCCGCAGACUCCAACAUGGCCAGAGGAGCAAAGAAGCACCUGAAGCGCGUAGCAGCGCCCAACCAUUGGAUGCUUGAUAAGCUGACUGGAGUGUUUGCUCCUCGUCCAUCCACCGGUCCCCACAAGCUGAGGGAAUGUCUGCCCCUCAUCAUCUUUCUGAGGAACCGGCUAAAGUACGCUCUGACUGGAGAUGAGGUCAAGAAGAUCUGCAUGCAGAGGUACAUCAAGGUUGAUGGCAAGGUCCGCACCGACAUCACCUACCCUACUGGGUUCAUGGAUGUGGUCAGCAUUGAGAAGACUGGGGAGAACUUCCGGAUGGUCUACGACAUGAAGGGUCGCUUCACUGUCCAUCGCAUCACCAAUGAGGAGGCCAAGUACAAGUUGUGCAAGGUCAGGAAAAUCCUCAUUGGCACCAAGGGAAUCCCUCACCUGGUGACCCAUGAUGCCCGCACCAUCCGCUACCCUGACCCAAUGAUCAAGGCCAAUGACACAAUCCGCAUUGAUCUGGAGACUGGCAAGAUCACAGACUUUGUGAAGUUUGACACAGGUAACAUUUGCAUGGUAACAGGAGGUGCUAACUUGGGGCGUAUUGGUGUGAUCGUCAACAGAGAGAGGCACCCCGGCUCCUUUGAUGUAGUGCACGUUAAGGACACCACUGGCAACAGCUUCGCCACCAGGCUUUCCAACAUCUUUGUCAUUGGCAAGGGCAACAAGCCAUGGAUCUCCAUCCCUCGUGGAAAGGGUAUCCGCCUGACCAUUGCCGAGGAGAGAGACAAGAGACUGGCUGCCAAGCAGAGCAGCAACUAAGUCCAUUUCGGACUGGCUCCCAUCCUUUUGAAUUUAAAAUAAAAAAAUUGACCACAAUAA